GGCAGCAGUCGAUAUAUGGAAACGUAUACAAAACUUUCGCAUAUUCGCCGCAGCAGCCAAUUCGCCGCCUGAGAGCUUCGAAUUUUUUCCCUCAUUUGAGUCCUGCGAAGACGACGUGUCGAUGCGAUAUUCCCCGUUUGACGAGAGCAGAAGAAAAGUUGAAACAGUUGAGAAAAUAAUUGGCAGGCCAGGCAAGAUUUCUUUUGCACCGCCAUUUCGAGGCGACUCCAGAGUAAUUUGAUUGACUACAGUGCUGUGGCGAGACGUGUGGGUGCGCGUACGUUGAAUAAUUGAUUGGGUAACCGUAAACAAAGAGUACCGUAUGUUAGGCCAGUGCCAAGGCUAACUUUCAAUACAAACCCCCACCCCCCGAACGGACGGAAGCAGGGGAAACGAAAUCCCACACACAGCGGAGUCAGAAGCAGAAGCAGAACCAAAGCCCCAGGCACAUUAUCGAUUUGCGUAUGUGUAUGUCUGCGAAAUAGCCGUGUACACCUAAACACCUACACACCUGCACACACCUACUCCCACACAGAGACACACACACACACACACAGCAGCAGCAGCAGCAGCAGCAGCAGCAGUAGCAGCGCACGUCAACGGCAACGCAUCUACAAGCUAACGGGAUCUAUUGGAGCAGCAGGAGCAACCGCAUCAACCUCAAGACACAACAGACAGCAACGAGCACUGAACAGACAUGGCCAGCGGCGGGGAUCCCAAGUGGCAGAAGGAUGCGGCCGAUCAGAACUUUGACUACAUGUUCAAGCUGCUCAUCAUCGGCAACUCCAGUGUGGGCAAGACGAGCUUCCUCUUCCGCUAUGCCGACGAUAGCUUCACAUCCGCCUUCGUCUCCACGGUGGGCAUCGACUUCAAGGUGAAGACUGUCUUUCGCCACGACAAGCGCGUGAAGCUUCAGAUUUGGGACACGGCCGGGCAGGAGCGUUACCGCACCAUCACCACAGCCUACUAUCGCGGCGCCAUGGGUUUCAUUCUGAUGUAUGAUGUCACCAACGAGGACAGCUUCAACUCGGUUCAGGACUGGGUCACACAAAUCAAAACCUACUCGUGGGACAACGCCCAAGUCAUUUUGGUGGGCAACAAAUGCGACAUGGAGGAUCAGCGCGUGAUUAGCUUCGAGCGGGGCCGCCAACUGGCCGAUCAGCUGGGCGUGGAGUUCUUCGAGACGUCCGCCAAGGAGAAUGUGAAUGUCAAGGCUGUCUUCGAGCGCCUGGUGGAUAUUAUAUGCGACAAGAUGUCCGAGAGCCUCGACGCCGAUCCGACGUUAGUGGGCGGAGCACAGAAGGGGCAGCGCUUGACGGACCAGCCGCAGGGCACGCCCAAUGCCAACUGCAACUGUUAGAGUGCCCAACACCACCA